AUGACCCUGGCUUCUGCGUUGCAACGUCAAUGUGUGCACCAGGCCAUGAAAAGUUUAAAAAUCGGGGUAUUGGGCCUGCAAGAGACUCGAGAAGACACCGAGCCAUUGGUUGUUAGGCAGGGAGUUUGGAGGUUUGCUAGCAAGGGUGAGCAUGGGCAACUAGGUUGCCAACUGUGGGUUGACUCCACUCGGCCCGCUGGAUUCACCGCUUCGGGCGACAGCGUUCCAUGGCAGCUUGACACCUUCGCCGCACGUUUCAUGCACCCACGUCUCCUCCUCAUCUCUGGCCAAUUUGGCAGCAUCAAGUGUUUGUUUAUAGUCGGCCACGCUCCGACCUCCACGUCCCCGGACGAGGUCAUCAAUGCGUGGUGGGACUUGCUGCGUGAGCAGGUCAACCGCCACAUUGCGGGACACGUGCCACUGUUCAUGCUUGACGCGAACGCACGCUUCGACAAAUCGGAGGAGCCGACCGGACUAAACGCUCACCGUCUGGCCGCUUGCCUCGAGGCCUGGCAUCUUGCGCGAACACCUGCCUGGGACAACGGACACGCCAUCACCACGUGGCGGUCACCGAACGGCAAGCAGGCGUGUCUUGACUACGUCUGUGUACCGGCGGACUGGCAGGUUGGACUCAACCGCCCCAGCACACACGACAUUUUAGAUGUUAAUGCCGGUAUUGACCACAAACUACUAAAGGUUUCUGUAGCGGCCAGCUUAAUUGUCGCGCGCAAAGCUCGGUUGACCAGACUGGAUGUUGAGGCCAUCCACUCGCCUGCUGGGCGCAUUGAAUUGCAGCGCAUCCUCAACCAGGCGCCACAGGUUCCAUGGGAGGUCGAUGUAGAUGACCAUCUGCAUGUGCUCAACUGCUACCUUAACAGUGCCAUCGCGCAAUCUUUCGUGCGGCCGCGAGAGGCCGCCCGCUCGCCGGUCCUGUCACAUCACACCAUGACCUGCCUUCAACAGCGAAGAGCUGCCCGUUUCGUGCACCGAUGUCGUAGGCAAAGGCUGGAAAGGCUACAGGCGUACAUCUACUUCAUGGCUUGGCGAGAAGCAUGUGGCCACGGCCAAAGCAGGCAGCUGCAACACGCAAGCGCCCGCCAGCAACGGCGCAACCUGCAAAAAAAGCUUGCUGAGCAUUUCCUGCGCAUGCGUGAGCUCAACAAGGAGCUAAAGCGAACCCAUCAGAGGGACCAGGCCGUUUUCGCUCGACAGAUGUACCAAGACGCUAGGGCCAAAGGGCCGCGCCAUUUGGCACAUGUCCUGCGUGCUGUGCUACGCACCGGAAGACGCUACAAAGCACCGCGGAUGGCGCCCGUUCUCGAGAUAGACGGGCAGAUGGAACAAGACGCUGCUCGAGUCGCCCUGGCAUUCGGGGACCACUUCGCCAAGGCAGAAAGGGCAACUUCGCGCCAGCUCCAAGAGGUCUUGCUGGAAAAGCGGGCCCAGGCCAGGCCUGCUGAAGAGGUCGACCUCCACUCGGCCCCUACUCUUGCCCAGCUCACACGUGCGUUUGCUUCCAUGCCCGCGCGUCGGGCACCCGGCCUCUCUACUUUGCCCCCCGACAUUUACUGCCGAGCGCCUUUGCAAAUGGCCCUCGCACAUAUGCCACUCAUGCUAAAACUUGCAGCCCGGGACGUCGCCCCCAUGUUGUGGUCCGGCAGCAUUGCCAUUCCAAUGGCUAAGCCCAACAAAGCCCACCAUGAGCCCGCUGGAUUCCGUAGCAUCUCCCUUUUUGAGAUUUCCUCGAAAGCUGUAGCUAGAUCCCUCAGACCAGAGCUCAGCAAAGGGCUCGAGGCAAUCACUUUGGAGGGCACUGCGGGCGCUAGAACCGGCAUUGCGCUGGGCGUCCCAGCACUCGUCACGCAGACGCACCUGCAGCGGUUGCACCGUUCUGCAACAAGCGGAGCAGUAGUGUUUGUGGACGGUGCCAGCGCCUUUUACAGCACUCUCCGAGAGUACCUUCUUCGAACUGAUGUGCAAAAUGCUGAGGCGUGGCUCGACGACAUGCCCAUAAGCCUGGAGCUACGUCUGAGAAUAGGCAGAGUGCUGAGAUCCGGCAGCCUCAUGAAGGAAAUUGGGCUUCCUGAAACCACUCAACGAAUGCUGGAGGCCCUAAUGCGCGGCACAUGGUUCACUGUCAACGCCGAGGACACCUCGGUGAGGGCCACGCUAGCGGGCACAUCGCCCGGUAGCCCAGUCGCCGACAGUCUAUUCCAACUAAUUUUCGUACUAUCGCUACGUGGCAUCUCUGAACACCUCGCUGCUAUGGGCAUAGGGGCCCAAAUCCACGUACCUGGCCACGUGGAGGACACCCCGCUCAUACCCACGUGGAUGGACGACAUAGCUGUCCUCAUCCAGGUCACCCGUGCCAACGAGCUGAUACGGGCGGUCAGUGCCACGUCAGCGGUAGUAAAACAGCAGUUGGCCAUCAUUGGGGUCAACAUAAACCUACAGCGCGGCAAAACAGAAGCCAUGCUCGUGUUCAAGGGGCCACAGGCAAAAGCUGAGAGACACCGUCUCUGGAUAGAGGACAAUGGUGUCAUACCCUUCAAAGUGCCGGGCGAGAUGGAUAGCCACAUAUGCUGCACCGACCAGUACGUGCACUUGGGCUCCCUUCGUACGUGCAGCGCCGCAGACUGGAAAGACAUCGACAGAAGGGCAAAGUUGGCGGAGCCAACCUUCGUCAAGGUCAGGGCGCAUAUCCUGCGCAACCACAACCUGACGUGGGACGAGCGCAAAGGCCUUUUGAUCUCCCUGGUCCUCAGAAAGUUCAUGCAUGGUGCCAAUACCUGGACACUGAAGACGCAGAGGGAAAGGGCCAAGUACGAAUCGUCCUACAUGUCAUUUGUCAGGCGAGCGAUGCGGCCCAUGACAGGGCUAUCAACAAAAUUAUUGUCGGACGAGCAAGUGUGUGACUACCUACAGGUCCUGCAGCCGCUGCAGGCCUUGGCAGUCGAGCGGGUGCGCCUGCUGUUGCAGAUAGCCCACGCUGGCCCCAGACAAUUGCAACUGGCUUUGGUUGCUGCGCAGGCUUGGAUCGUUGCAGCAUGGCAUGAUCUGCAGCUGAUCGGACGCCUUGUCGGAGAGAACGUGCCUGAAUGUCCCAAGGAGACGCCGUCUUGCAUGAAGGCCUGGAAUGACGUUUGGAAAACACCAGCGGCCACGGCGCGCUUUCUCCGCCAGGCCCGCGGCAAAUGGUUGCAGAUAGCUGGGGUUGCAAGGCCCGCCGUCAAGGCAAAGGCAGAGGCGAUCCGCGGCAUUGAUGAGACACCGGCGUUUUUAAUUAAACUUCGGGGUGAUCAGAGUAGCCAACCUUUUGCCUGUCAGAUUUGCUCACGCAGCUUCUCCAAGGCAUGCGCACUGGCCUCGCACAUGGCCAAGACCCACCAGCAACCAGCGCUGGCGACCCGAAUAAGAGUAGGGUCCACCUGCGAGGUGUGCCAGCGACAAUACUGGACAUCCAAGCGUCUGAGAGAGCAUCUUAGGCAUUCGCUCCGCUGUUGCCGCAUCUAUCAUCAAGCCGACAUGGCUUCAGACCUGGCUGACAAGCCAGACAACGCGCACCUGCCACAGACGAGGCUGAUAGGCCCGCAACCAUGGUGGGCCACGCAGGCACCAGACAAGUCUCCCACUCCGCCCGAUGUCGCUCUGGCAAGUACCCCCACCACCCGUGAUACGCUGCUAAGCUCGUUUUGCCAACUUGCUGACCCUAAGCAGCUUCAGGGUUUUUUCAAUGUUUGGGUUGGUUCGGUUGAGGAAAGCCCCAAAGCGACAGAAGAAAAGUGGAGACCCCCAGGCCCCUGUGCCAACAGUGUACAGCAGUUGGCCAUGUUGGGCAUGAUCGUGUUUGACCCAGUACAGCAGGGUCGACAGUUUGCUUCCUUACAGCAAGGCAAGUGCAAGGCCGUUUGCACAGGGCAGCACUUACUAGUUGGGGAAGCAGCUGACCUCACACUCGAGAGGUGUCACGCCUGGCUCUCAGCUAUUGAGGGCGCCUAG